AUGCAAAAUAUCCAAGCAGUGCAGGAGAUAGAAAGGCACGAAACCCCGUUGAACAUUAGACCCACCUCUCCAUAUACCUUAAACCCGCCAGUUGAGAGAGAUGGUUUUUCUUGGCCAAGUGUAGGGACAAGAGAUCGUGCUGAGGAAACGGAAGAGGAGGAAAAAGAACGAAUUCAGCGUAUUUCAGGCGCAAUUAAGACCAUCCUGACCGAACUAGGUGAAGAUGUCAACAGAGAAGGUCUACUAGAUACCCCACAGAGGUAUGCCAAAGCCAUGCUUUAUUUCACCAAAGGUUACCAAACAAACAUCAUGGAUGAUGUCAUCAAGAAUGCCGUCUUUGAAGAAGACCACGACGAAAUGGUCAUUGUUCGUGAUAUCGAAAUCUACUCAUUAUGUGAACAUCAUUUAGUGCCAUUCUUCGGUAAAGUUCAUAUCGGCUACAUACCAAACAAGAAAGUCAUUGGGUUGAGUAAAUUGGCCAGAUUAGCAGAGAUGUACGCAAGAAGGCUACAAGUCCAAGAAAGGCUCACGAAGCAGAUUGCGAUGGCGUUAAGUGAUAUCUUGAAACCAUUGGGUGUUGCCGUUGUCAUGGAAGCUACUCAUAUGUGCAUGGUUUCAAGAGGUAUUCAAAAAACAGGAUCUUCUACAGUAACUUCAUGUAUGCUGGGAGGGUUUAGAGCUCAUAAGACAAGAGAAGAGUUUUUAACCUUACUAGGAAGAAGAAGUAUUUGA